AUGGAGAUGCUUAAAACAAUCAUAAAGAAAAUUUUCUUUCUACCGUUUCCCUUCUCUCGUGUCUCUCUUUUAUUCCCCAUUUCUCUCUCGUCUUUUUUAUUACCCCCCCUUCCCCUCUCGCGCGCAUACCCCCCCCUUCUUCCUUACCCCCUCUCGCGCGCGUACCCCUCUUCCUUCCCCUCUCGCGCGUACCCCCCUCUUCCUUCCCCUCUGCGCGCGUACCCCCUCUUCCUUCCCUCUCGCGUACCCCCUCUUCCUUCCCCUCUCUCGCGCGUACCCCCCUCUUCCUUCCCCUCUCGCGCGUACCCCCCUCUUCCUUCCCCUCUCGCGUACCCCCUCUUCUCUUCCCCUCUCCUUCCCUCUCGCGCGCGUACCCCCUCUUCCUUCCCUCUCUCGCGCGCCCCCCCUCUUCCUUCCCCUCUCGCGCGUACCCCCCUCUUCCUUCCCCCUCUCGCGCGUGCCCCCUCUUCCUUCCCCCUCGCGCGUACCCCCUCUUCCUUCCCCUCUCGCGCGCGUACCCCCCUCUUCCUUCCCCUCUCGCGCGCGUACCCCCUCUUCCUUCCCCUCUCGCGCGCGUACCCCCUCUUCCUUCCCCUCGCGCGCGUACCCCCCCUCUUCCUUACCCCUUCUUCCUUCUCGCGCGUACCCCUCUUCCUUCCCCUCUCGCGCGUACCCCCUCUUCCUUCCCCUCUCGCGCACCCCCCCUCUUCCUUCCCUCUCGCGCGUACCCCCCUCUUCCUUCCCCUCUCGCGCGCGUACCCCCUUCCUUCCCCUCUCCGCGUACCCUUCUUCACUUCCCUCGCGCGUACCCCUCUUCCUUCCCCCUCUCUCGUGACUCUUUUUAUCUCUCUUUUGUCCUUUCUCUUGUCCCCUCCCAUUUCUCCUGUCUUUCAUAUACAUACAAAAAAUUGUUUAUUGAAUAUCUGUGGCCCUGUCAAUGUAUUUGCUUGA